AUGGCAAGAAGAUAUGGCUACAAGGAAGUCCUACCAUGCACAGCCAUGGUUGCAGUAGAGUGUUCCAAUGUAGUCAUAAGCAUUCUAUUCAAAGCUGCUUCAUUGAAGGGGUUGAGCUACUACGUCUUCAUCGCCUACUCUUAUGUUUUAGGCACCCUUGUUUUCCUCCCUUUAAUCUUCCUCUUUAAUAGACAAACAGUGCUUCCUCCCUUGAAGUUCCCUCUCAUCUCUAGAAUAUGCCUUCUUGCAAUUCUUGGGUAUUCAGGUAUGAUAUGCUCAUAUAGAGGUAUAGAACUUGGCUCUCCAACUCUUGCUUCAGCCAUCAGCAACGUCACACCAGCUUUUACCUUCAUACUUGCUGUCUUAUUCAGGAUGGAAAAAGUAGCAUUUAGAAGUCCAAGUACUCAAGCUAAAAUCAUUGGCACCAUUACAUCAAUAUCUGGUGCAUUAGUGAUUGUUUUCUACAAAGGUCCCAAAAUUGUUUCCUCUGUUUUACUUCAAUGGCCUCUGUGGUCAUCUCAAUCAAAUUGGAUCAUCGGAGGCCUCCUAGAAGCUGUUUCAUAUCUUCUUUAUUCAUUCUGGUAUAUUAUUCAGUCCCAAGUGAUGAAGAUAUAUCCAGAAGAAAUUGUUGUAAUUUUCUUUUACAACUUGUCUGUGACCCUUAUAUCUCUACCAAUAGGCUUACUAGCAGAGCCAAACUUGAGCUCUUGGAGACUAACAACUAGUAUAGCAGAUGUUGCAGUCCUAUACUCGGGACUUUUUGGAUCCUCAUUUAGCACUGUUGUUCACACAUGGGGCGUACGCCUGAAGGGGCCUGUGUUUGUUGCAAUUUUCAAGCCAACUUCAAUUGUCAUAGCAGAUGUUAUGAGUGCCAUAUUCCUUGGUGAAAAAGUGUAUUUGGGAAGUGCCAUUGGAGCUGUGAUCAUAACUGCUGGUCUUUAUGCUGCAUUAUGGGGGAAAGCAAAAGAACAAGAAAUGACAGAUGAUGACUCUGGUUUAAGCACCUUAGGACCAUUGUCUCGUGGUACGGUCCCAUUGCUGCAAAGCUAAAAAGUUGGUGAAAUGUAGCAGAAAUGUUUUAGCCAUUUAGCAUGGGGCAAUGGCCAAUGCUUUCACACUCAUUGGCAUGCGAAAACAUCAAUGUUCAAUGCCUGCAGAUAUUGGGAACAAAAGGUUUAAUGAGUUUCUUGGAUCAAAGUUGAGAACAUUGUACUUUAGCUUUCACCAGAAAUUGCAUCUGUGAUAGUUUAUAUCAAAAAAAUUCUGAUCAAAUAAAACCCAAAAAAUCCAUGCA